CCCAUUCCGUCAUCGCAUCCUUUCCCGGAGUUGGUUUAGUUCAGUCGGGACUGCACACUCGGGUUCAUGACCUCUGGCUACCUACUUACCUCCUACCUAACCUGCUAAACUUGGGCGAAGAAGUACGCGACCAGCGUUGCUCCCUUCCUCCGGCCGAAAGGAUACGUUGGGCACGACCGAUCUCGCAUAGGCACAUUACCCGGCACCCACCGCACGCGGGCGUUCUCAGGGGCAGAGCUUUCACCCAUACGCCCAUACAUACACACGUACAUACACUGCAGCUUAGCUACCGCGCGCACCGGCACCAUGACGGGGACGAGGAUCCGGCUGGCGACGGCGUCGCCGGCGACGCAGGGGACGACGGCGGCGACGCUGGCGCAGCUGGAGCGCAUCGCGGGGCGGGCGGCGGGGGCGGACGUGCUGGUGCUGCCGGAGGCGUACCUGGGGGGGUACCCGCGGGGGGCGGACUUCGGGUGCCGCGUGGGGUCGCGGACGGCGGUGGGGCGCGACGACUUCCUGGCCUACUUCCGCGGGGCGGUGGACCUGGGCGACGGGGUGGGCGAGGGCGGCGGCGGGGACGGGGACGCGUGGCUGGCGAGGCGCGCGGACGCAGACGCGGAGGAAGGGGGGGCGGCGCCGGCUAAGCGCGGCGACGGCACCCGCGAGCAGCUCGAGCGCAUCGCCCGCGAGUCCGGCCUCUUCCUCGUCGUCGGCCUCGUCGAGCGCGCCGGCGGCAGCUUGUACUGCGCUGUCGUGUACGUGUGCCCGCGCCUUGGUGUUGUCGGCAAGAGGCGCAAGGUCCAGCCUACAGGCACCGAGCGGCUCAUCUGGGCGCAGGGCUCGCCCGCGACGCUCAAGGCCGUCAGCACCGUGAUCCGCGGCGUGCGCAUCAACCUGGCGGCCGCCAUCUGCUGGGAGAACUACAUGCCGCUGCUGCGGCAGAGCCUGUACGCGCAGAACGUCAACUUGUACCUCGCGCCGACGGCGGACGGCCGCGACACCUGGCUGCCGCUGAUGCGCACCGUCGCGCUCGAGGGCCGGUGCUUCGUCGUGAGCUCCAACAUGUGCGUCCGCGGCGGCACUCCCACGGCCUCUGCGACACCGGGGAAGCCGAAGGGCGCGGCCCGCGGCCGGCGGCGCUCCGUGUUCGACGAGGACGGGAACGAGAUCGCGCUGCCGGUGCGGGGUACGGACGAGCCGGCGGCGGCGGGCGCCGCGGUCAUCGAGGAGGGCGAGGAAGGGGGCGGGGACGCCGCCGCCGCCGCCGCCGCCCCCGAAGAGGAACCGCCGGCGGUGGCGCAGACGCAGGCGGUCCCCGAGGGCUUCCUCUCCCGCGGCGGCUCCUGCAUCGUCUCGCCGGCCGGCGACGUGCUAGCCGGCCCGCAGUGGGAGGACGACGAGGGCAUCGUGUACGCCGACGUCGACUUCGAGGACUGCGUGCGCGGGCGGCUGGAUCUGGACGCGGCGGGGAGCUAUUCGCGGAACGACUCGUUCAAGUUGUCCGUCACGGGCCUCGAUCUGGAACCCCUUCCUUACUACUGAUCACCGGCCCGCCGCCUCCUCUUCGUCUUCCAGGGGGAAAAAAGGAAAAAGAGAGAGAGAGAGAGAGAGAGAGAAAAGCAUCUUGAAAGGUGAUAGCGAGUCGCAUACGUGGGGGGA